ACGCCCCGCAGGCCAGGAGCGGGACGGACGCCGGCCUAUCAGGCUGUGCGGACCCGCGCAGGUUUGACGGGAGGAGCGGCGGCGGCGGAGGAUGGAGGCGGUCGUGUUCGUCUUCUCUCUCCUAGAUUGCUGCGCGCUCAUCUUCCUCUCCGUCUACUUCAUAAUUACAUUGUCUGAUUUAGAAUGUGAUUAUAUUAAUGCUAGAUCAUGUUGCUCAAAAUUAAACAAGUGGGUAGCUCCAGAGUUGAUUGGCCACACCAUUGUCACUGUGUUAAUGCUUGUUUCACUGCACUGGUUCAUCUUCCUUCUCAAUCUACCUGUUGCCACUUGGAAUGUUUAUCGGUUCAUUAUGGUGCCAAGUGGUAACAUGGGAGUGUUUGACCCAACAGAGAUACACAACCGAGGGCAGCUAAAGUCACAUAUGAAAGAGGCAAUGAUCAAGCUCGGUUUCCACUUGCUCUGUUUCUUCAUGUAUCUUUAUAGCAUGAUUUUAGCUUUGAUAAAUGACUGAGGGUGCAGAAGCUACGGUUGAAGUCAACCCACACUACACAACAUCUUUAGAACUGUAACCAUACCAGUAUAUAUUUUCGUCUUUGAACAAAAUACCUAUUUUUGCUGUAUUUUUACCAUAUAAAGUAUUUGAAAAACA